UGCAGAAAGAGAGAAAAAGAAAGAAACAGAAACAGACCAUCUCACUGCUUUAAGCUUGUGUAUUUAUUGUUUUAUUUGGCUGGCAAAUACUGUUUUGAUCAAGUAACUACAUGAAGAAAAAAAGAGCCACAGAAAAAAUAAUAAUGACAUUUUGAACAGAAGAGUUGUUUAAAAUAAUUUAACUUUCAUUAAUUACUAAAAGGAAUGCUAAUACAGUUUUAAAUUUUCACUAUGAGCAACAAAGAAAGUCAGAGUACUACUUUUGUGAAUUCCCUUGCUAAAAUCUAUGACCCAAACGCUAUACAGAACCAUGGACCCACCUGUAGCACUGGAAGCACAUGCAAGAAGAUUAUAAGAAACAUCAAUAACUCUGUUGACAAUUUUAAUGACAUGGAUAUCAAGAUCGACACUCUGGGUUGCAAAAUGGACAAGCUUAUCAACAUCCAGGAAAAAGUGCUCAACAGGUUGGACAGCAUGGCAAAAGAUAUUGAGGUAAUUGAAGAUGAAGUUGAAGUACUGAAAGCAAGCAAACAGGAUCUAAGCCAAAUUCAACAGGCCCAAGAAAAAGUGACCUCAAAUGAUAUUAAAGACGUUUUUUUGGAAAUUACAACUUUGUUGUCCUCCAUGGAUCAAAGAUCCGAACAACAGACAAAAAGGUUAGACGGAGUCGAAAAAAUUGUUCUUGGCAUCCAGCAGCUUAUAAACUUUGUUGGAGAAACCAUUAAAACAUCCAGAAUUACUGAGCAUUUUUUCAAAGAAAAAUGCCCUCCAAAGCCCAGCAUGGUAAAUGUGUCAGCAGUAAAAGACAAUCGGCCUAAGCAGCCUGUGAAAAGACAUGCUUCUGAGAAAAGUGACACAAUAUGGAAAAAACGGAUGGAAAAGACUGCUCCUUCAGCUAAAGCUGCUCACUGGACUCAAAGAAUCCGACCCCACAGUGACCUCCGUGAUUCCAGGCCUUGUGAAGCCAUCCACAACCCCCCACGUAGGACUAAACUCCAGGGACCCAAGCAUUUCCUUGCUAACCGUAAAUAUAGAUACAUUCUAAAGGAUCACAAAGUAAAAGAUGGGAAAGAAAAGCAAAGAAUAAGUCUUAAAGUUCUGAAAUCUCAAAAAAAGAAAAAAACACUCGAUGUCACAGAAUCAUCAGUUUAUAAGAAGCAGGCAGCAGCUGAUGAAAAGGUAAAUCAGUUAAACCGACAAAAUGCUGAAAGAUUGGGAAAAAUAUUUUCUCCUCCAGAAGACAUCCAAGCACCAUCUAAAGAAUCAACAUCAACAGAUUUGGAGAAGAAGCCCAGUGAAGAGGUGCCCUUGGAAAAGAUCUCCAAGAGUGUGGUUCUUGAGAAGGCUGCAGAUGAAUCUUUCAAAAAAGAGGAAACAUGGAGUGGGUUAGACAGCACAAAAGUUAAGAAUUCUACCUCAGUCCUUGAACAAGCAGCACACGAACCUAAAGCCAGGCCAACUGAAAAGCCCAGUGUGACAAAUCAUGAAAAGACAAAGGAGAAGGAACUUGUGCCGGAAACUUCAUCAGAUGAAGAACUGAUUGAAAUACAAGUUCAAGAGGAGGAGGAGGAAGGAGAGGUGGAAGAGGAGGAGAACGAGGAGGAGGAGCAGGAGGAGGAGGAGGAGGAGCAGAACACAAAUGAAGAUGUACAAGAAUGUGGGGAAGAGGAUGAAAUAUACACUGAAGACAUGCCAGAAAAUGAAGAAACUUCUUUAUCUGAAAAAGAGACUUCAGAUGUUAUACAUGAAAAUACCAAAGAAGAGCAGGAGCUGUCUGCUGAUGUUCUGAACAAGAACUGUACUGUAUUAUUGCAGAAGUAUGAAGACAACAAUGAAGAAAGCAUCUUUUUGCACUUAAAAGAGGGCACUGAUGAGGCACAGAUGGAAAAUAGAGAAGUGUCCGAGCUAAGCAGUAGCAGCAAAAGGAGAGUCACAGAGGAGGAGCUGGUGAAAGCUGCACCAAAGAAGAGCCGUGUUGAGUCUCAGGUGGGAGAAUCUCCAAAGUCAGCACCAGCAACGGCAACCAAUGAAGCACAUGACCAGUGCAAGGGAGAGAGCGGGCAGGGACCACAGAUUCAGGAGGACACCGUCAAAGAAUAUGUAAUAGACACAAGCCAUUCACCUCUGGCUCCAUUUGAACAUCGUAUUGUCUCAGCAAAGCCAGCACCAAUAGCUAGCUUCUAUGCAAUUGACAAACAGGAGAUAAUCGGAGGAGGACGCUUUGGUCAAGUUCACAAAUGCACUGAAAAGUCAUCAGGUCUGACACUGGCUGCAAAAAUCAUUAAAGCCAGGGGCUCCAAAGAAAAGGAGGAAGUAAAGAAUGAAAUACAAGUUAUGAAUCAGUUAAACCAUGCUAAUCUCAUCCAGCUAUAUGCAGCAUUUGAAUCCAAGUAUGAGAUUGUACUUGUUAUGGAAUAUGUGGAAGGAGGAGAACUCUUUGAUAGAAUCAUUGAUGAAAACUGCAACUUAACUGAACUGGACACAAUAUUAUUCAUCAAACAGAUCUGUGAUGGAAUUCAAUAUAUGCAUCAGAUGUAUAUAUUGCAUUUAGAUUUAAAGCCUGAAAAUAUCCUCUGUGUCGACAGAGCUACCAACAAAAUUAAAAUUAUUGACUUUGGACUGGCAAGAAGAUAUAAACCAAGGGAAAAGCUUAAAGUUAAUUUUGGAACACCAGAAUUUCUUGCUCCAGAAGUUAUCAACUAUGAUUUUGUUUCAUUUCCUACCGACAUGUGGAGCCUUGGAGUGAUUACAUAUAUGCUGCUCAGUGGCCUUUCUCCAUUCCUAGGGGAGAAUGACAAUGAAACUCUCAAUAACAUCCUUUCUUGCCGAUGGGACUUUGAAGAAGAAGAAUUUAAAAAUGUCUCAGAGGAAGCCAAAGAUUUCAUCAGAAAACUUCUAAUCAAAGACAAAAGCUGGAGGAUAAGUGCAACUGAGUCUCUGAAGCACCCCUGGCUUUCAGAUCGCAGUCUUCACUACACGCUUCAUCAGCAGGCUAAGUCCCACAUGACCCAUGCACCUUCUUCCCCUCAAUGAUAUUUCACAAGAGGCUAUUAAUAAGAAGAAAAGAAUACAGCAAGCCACAUUCUACUGGACCAACAGUGCUACAGCGUAAUAAACACUGAAGAGGAGAUAUUUUUGUUCUGCAUUAGUAAUUAUAGUUUUAAUAAUAUUUAAAUGUAAUAUAUAGUUUAUUAUAUAAUUGUAGUUAAGCAUUUUUAAGGUGAUAUACGUAAUAUAGGAGUGUUUUGGUUCAUUUAAGGAUUUGUUUAUUUUUGUUUUCUUUUAUUUCUCAGGGCUUAAUUCAAUCAAAAAAAUUAUUAUGAAUAUUUAAAUGAUAAAUUUGUAAAGUCUACAAUACUGCAAUUGAAAGAGCUGAUUUUGGAUUUUGUCUUUAAAUUUAAUUUGACAGAAAAUGUGAAUAAUAAUAAUAAUAGUAGUAGUAGU